AUGCCUAACAGUGGAGAGACUCUUGCGAAAAAAUUACAAGAUGAAAAUGCAAUGAAUAUUUCAGAAAGCUAUGAAAAUGGAACCUUUACAGAUGCACAGGCUGUCUGCAGAGAUUUGCUGCCUCAUUUGGAGGAGACCCAAGAUGAAGGCAUAGAGCCAACGGAGUCUCUGUGGACUUCCUUUGCUGAUGGCAGAGUCAGACUGAGAAUAGAUAACUCCUGUCCGCAGACUCCCAUAACAGUUCAUCAGAUGUUCAAAGAGAGCCUAGAAAAAUACGGAUCCCUUAACGCUUUGGCCAGCAAAAAGAAUGGAAAGUGGGAGAAGAUAACUUUUUCAGAGUAUUAUUGGCUCUCCAGGAAAGCAGCCAAGAGCUUCUUGAAGCUUGGUCUUGAACGAUUCCACAGCGUAGCAAUCCUUGGAUUUAAUUCUCCAGAAUGGUUCAUCUCAGCUGUUGGAGCUGUUUUUGCUGGAGGAAUUGUCACAGGAAUAUAUACAACCAAUUCUCCAGAGGCCUGCCACUACAUUGCUCAUGACAGCAAAACCGAUAUCAUGGUUGUGGAAAAUCAGAAACAAUUGGACAAGAUAAUGCAG